AUGGUUGUUCCUCAAUUAUUGAUGUUUGUUCUUGGUGUUAAUGCUAUAUUGGCAAUAUCACUUGCUAUUUGUAAAGCAGGUGCUAGCUUGAAAAAGAUCCCUCUUUACCAGAUAGAUGCGGAGAGUACAGUGGGGGGAGAAGCUUUUUCUCGAAUAGCACCAACAAUUCCUACUAUCGUUGAUGUAGUUACCAGUACUCAUCUGUUUGAUGUACUUACAGAUUCAACUGGAGGUCGGCUUUCUUUCUCUGUAUGUGAGAAGUACCUUGCUGGAUUAGAAAGGGUCUCUUGUGCUCUCAAUUACAGGCAACAAAUGAAGAAAAUGGUAAUAAGAAAAGGCCAUCUCCUUGGAAGAAAUUAAGGAAUCUACGUCUAAUAUGUAGCCAUUGUCCUCUGUGAAUUCUCUCAUGUAAUCAUGUCUACUUUAUAAUUGUAUGUGUAUAAUGAGAGAAGCACUUGGUCGUUUGUGAAAUUUCAUAGAGGAUUGUUCCACUGUUCCAUUGUUGUAUAGCUGACAAUCCUUUUGCCGAAUGUUAGCUACCAUUGUUCCUUAAAAAAUCCUUUUCCACACAACAAUGGUAGUAGAUUUUCUAUACAUUAAAAUCCCUUUGCAGAUUUUCUAAGGAAUAAUGGAACAAUGGAAGUUGUUGUUCCAAACUGACAGUUGUUGUUUAAAUAUAUCUUAUUGCCAUUGUUGUAUAGAACAAUGGUAGCAGAUUUUUGAAGUGUGUGGAACAGUGGUUGGGGUAUGAAGGGUUUAGUUGAGUAGUUGUUGUUGUAUAGAACAGUUGGUGAAGGGUUUUGCAGAUUUGCA